GAGUUCUUGCCCCGCCAUUUUCAAAUUCUCUGACCGUUGUCAAACAACAGCCAUUUUUAAAUACCUCUGCAAGCCGACACUUUCUUGUCGAAAACUAUCGCUGUUAGAGAAGGGUACUUCAGCAGGAGAGAAGACAGUGGAGGACAAGGAUGGUUCGGCCAGCGGGUAGCUCGCCAGGACGGAGGGGGACCCCGGCACGGGGACCUGGGCGAGCCGGUGGGGCGGACAGAGGGCAGCGUCCCGCCGCCCGUGGGCCGACUCCGGGCCGAGCAGCGGACGGACAGGCAAGAAGGAAGCACAGAUUCCGUCCUGGUACCCGAGCACUGAUGGAAAUCAGGAAGUACCAAAAGUCCACAUCACUUCUGAUCAGAAAGUUGCCUUUUGCAAGAUUGGUGCGAGAGGUGUGUCAGGAAGUUGGCUCAGGAAUGGACCACAGGUGGCAGGCCUACGCUAUCAUGGCUCUACAAGAGGCAGCUGAAGCAUUCCUGGUUGGAUUGAUGGAGGAUGCUAACCUCAUUGCUCUCCAUGCCAAGAGAGUCACCCUCAUGCCCAGGGACAUCCAGCUGGCCAGGAGGAUUCGGGGGCCAGAGAAGGGUUUUUCAGCCAUGUAAAACUUACAUUUUAAGGUGUAUGUUUUAAUAGUAGAUUAGUUAGUUUACAAUUGUGUAGAUAUUAAAGAUGUAUUUUUACAGUGUUAUGCAAUUGAAGUCGACCCGAUUUCUAGUCAAGAGCAGGGCUUUCUCCAACUCCAUAAUCCCUCAACGACAAGUGAUCUCCACCCUUUUGCUUGACUAAGAGAAGUUUCUUGUCAAAGAAAGCAUAAGUAUGUGCAGGCAUGCUACCCUGAAAAAUUCAGAAAUGCUAUUUCUUACAUUUUAAAAUUGAAAAGUGAAUCUUAAAUGUCUGUUUAUUAAUGUUUUUCUUACUCAGUUAUUAACAGUUAUUGUUAAUGAAUUGAUAAAGGUAUAUUAAGUUUGAUUUUUGACUAUUAAGGGGAAAGAUAAACUAUGUAGUUUUUGAAAUUUUUAAUCUGUUCGAAGCAGCAAAAUUUCGUUUAUAGACAGGACAGACACUGGAGAGAGUCUUGGACUUGGGCAAGAAGACUUGGACUUGAACAAGGUUAUCCAGGCUAGUACAAAAAAAGGAAAUAGUAAGAUGUUCUGGUAGUCUGAGGAAAAAUAAUGGUUUAUGAGAUUAUUCCUCUUACUUUGACAGAAUUGUUUAAACUUGUAAGUCAUUGGAAACAACUCCUAUUGCUCCCACUAUUGUAGUUUUUAAGACCAAAUUUCACUAGGGUAAAUAAUAUUAAUCAAUGUUCUUAACACUUAUAAAAUUGCAAUUCUUAUCUUUAACAGCAUGACUAUUUCUUGCAAAGAAGACUCGCUGAUGUGAUUUUUUUAAAAUAUCAAUGUUUAUUGUUAGUUUUACAUGUAUAGUAGUGUGUCUAGUGUAUGUAACAGGUGUUAUGAUCUUAACUAAAUGUCUAGGUUGACUGUUUUAGAUUUAAGAUUUGGUGAAACCAAUAAAACCCAUGUUUUUCCAAA